CUUUAAAUAAAAUUCCAGAUUAGCUGACCUGUACUUUCCGCAGGUAAAAAGACACCUCAUCUAACCAAAAUCUUAUCCGUUGAUCUCAUCUGAUAACCUAAUCCUCACCGUUUAUUUAUCUCUCUUAGUAAAAACUCGGUUUUUACCAAAAAUAACCUUAAGAGCCGUCGUCGUCGUCGUCAUUGUGGGCACGAGACGAACCUCCAUGGAAAGAAAAAAAGCCUUUUCUCGAUUUCAAAACUGAAAGAUAAAAACAGAGAGAGCUCUAGGGUUUCAAAUUAACCAGAGGGAAACAACGAAGAAGAAGACCAAUUCUCUCUCUUUCUCUUCCUCUUUUUUUUUUUGGUUUCCCUCUGAUUCCAAACACGAUUAUUUUUUCUUUUUCUUUCUCUUUUUUCUUUUGCUUUUCGUUUACCAGAAAAAGCGAUAAGAGAAAAAUUAUAGGUGGGUCUGUUAUUUUCCCGGAAGUUAUCAUUGAGAUUCAAUAAGAGAAGGAGAUAUCAUUAGCUUUCCUGGAAAAAUUCGACUUUUGGGUUUAGUUUUCGUGUUCUUGGUGGUUCAACGGUGAAGGAGCUCUAUAUUGGCGCUAGUUUUGGCUAUCGUGGAUCUAGACUACGGAGAUAGGUUUUGGUGAUUGUUGCUAUGUAUUUGUGCCAUAGUCUGUGAUUGUGAAUUUGGAUACUGUUACAAGUUAUGGAUUUGGCAAUUGUAUCUUCCCCUACUAGGGAUGUGGUUAGAUGUUGUGAUUGUGGAUGUGAUUGCUCUCUGAAUGGUGCUUCUCCUGGUUCUUUGCUUCGGUCUGUGAAGAGAAAAUACGAGGAAUUUGAGAAUGAGAAACUGUUUCACAUACCGGAGCUGGAGCUGGACUUGUCUUCCAAUGCUAAAGUUCAAAUUGAGAAUGAAUUGGAGCUGCUUAGGGAGACUGUUAGCAGUCAACAGCAGUCGAUUCAAGAUUUGUAUGAGGAGCUUGAUGAAGAGCGGAAUGCUGCUUCGACAGCUGCAAGUGAGGCAAUGUCUAUGAUAUUGAGGUUGCAGAGGGAUAAAGCUGAACUCCAAAUGGAAUUGAGACAGUUUAAGCGGUUUGCUGAGGAGAAAAUGGAGCAUGAUCAACAAGAGCUUUUGGAUCUGGAAGAUUUGAUAUAUAAGAGGGAGCAGACUAUUCAGGCUUUGACAUUUGAAGCUCAGGCUUAUAAGCAUAGAAUGAUGAGUUUUGGGUUCACUGAGGCUGAGGUUGAAACGGAGAAGAACAUGCUUAGCCGUAAUCCGAGCAUGAUCGAAAAUGAUUACCAAUAUGAUCUCCCCACAUCUGAUUACCCUCCUAUAAAGUGCAAUGUGAAUGAGAACCCAGGUCCCCUGGAGGCUGAUAUUGAUGUUGAUGAUGUUGAAAAGUACCCAUUGGCUGAUUCACCUCACCCAUUGAAGACUUUGGAACGAAGGAUAAGUCAGAUGGAGAGAAAUCCUAGCUUUACUCAGCCUACUGGUGAUGUAUCUGGAGGGAGACAUUAUACAGAGAAGAACGUGGUUGGUCAGAGUCCUAGGCAUCAGAGACAUUUCAGGAGGGUUUCCACUGGUAGUGCAAGUUCACUUUUGGGAACAACUAGAGAAAAAAGGCUUGAUUUUUCUAAUGAUUCCCCAAGGUCCAACAAUGGUAGCUUCAGGAAAAUGGAAGAUCCCCCAUAUGCAGCUGGUAAUUCCUUUGCAAGGGAUAAGGGUGACUCAUCGGAAAUAGGAGAUAAUGACAUGAAUGAUAGAGUUUAUACCAUUGACUCUGUCCAUCACAGUGUAUCUCAUAGUGGUACUGCUGAGCAAAAGUUUAAGAAUGACACUGCUGAUGGUUAUGCAAUGUCUCCGAGAGAAAUAUCGAAUCAGCCGGAUCUUGGUGAUCCUGAAAUAUCGAAACUUUACAUGAGACUUCAAGCACUAGAGGCUGACAGGGAAUCAAUGAGACAGGCGAUUAUGUCGAUGAGGACUGAGAAAGCACAGAUGGUUCUGUUGAAAGAAAUUGCCCAACAUCUGUCAAAGGAUGUUGUCCCAGAACGUAGAUUGCCUCUGCGGAAAACAUCUAUUAUUGGAGCAUUCAACUUCAUAUCUGUCUUUAAGUGGAUCACAUCUUUUGUUUUCUGGAGAAGAAAGGCUCGUCGAAGCAAAUACAUGAACGGGGUACAAGGGAACAACAUGGGAUUGCAAAUGCUUCUAGAAAAGACUCCUCGAAUACGGCAAUGGAGAUGUCUCUCAAGCACACAAGUGUGAAAUUUGGUUUGCAGCGCAUAAUGUGAAUUACUUUGUGAAAGUACUUACUUUCUCCAUCUUCAUGGUUUUUACUGAGAAAAAUGAUUUUUCUCUAAUGUGCAGUUUUUAUCUUUCUUUGCUUGGUGUAUUUGCCAUAUGUCAUUUGUUGUUGGGUUGGAAUGGGGUUUGAUGAUUUGUCUCGGUGAGGCUACACUAAAAGCACGUCUUGUUCUUUCUAUUGUAAGCUGUGUAUAAUGUUUCCAGAUUCUUCUUUGAAUUUCUCUGGAAAGAAAACAAACAAAAAAAAGGUUAUCUCUCUCAGAACUUCCGGUUAAUGGAACUUGGCAUUGUCUUGAUCCUCAGAUUCUCAAUAUUUUACUAUAACCUAUCAGGCU